AUGGGUAAGAAUAAAGAUAAAAAGAAGAAAGGUGCUGCUGUUCAAAAAACCGCAACAAAAGCAAAAAAGAAAACAGAAAAAGAAUUAAAAAAACAAAUUGAACAAUUAGGCGAGGAAAAUAUCGAACAAUUAAUUACAAAACAUGUUGGAAAGGAUAAUACAAUAAAUGCAGUAAUUAUUGAAGAUCCUGUUGAAAAUCCACCAUCAAGAAGAGCGAAUGCUUCCUUUACUGAACAUCCACUUAAAGACGAACUUUUACUUUUUGGUGGAGAAUUUUUUGAUGGACGUACAACGAUUCUUUUUAAUGAUUUAUAUAUUUAUGAUAUUAAAAAACAACAUUGGAAACGUGUAAACACUCCACAACCACCUGCACCUCGUUCAAGUCAUCAAGUAGUAAGUGUAUCAAUGCGUGAUGGUGAAUUAUGGAUGUUUGGUGGUGAAUAUACAUCACCAUCUCAAUCACAAUUCUAUCAUUAUAAUGAUUUAUAUGUUCUUCAUUUAUCAACAUUAAGAUGGGAAAAACAAGUAACAGCAACAAAUGGACCAUCAGGACGUAGUGGUCAUCGAAUGACAGCAGCUAAACGACAAUUAUUUUUAUUCGGAGGAUUUCAAGAUUAUAUAACAACUUUUCGAUAUUUCAAUGAUCUCUAUUCGUUUUGUCUCGAUACAUUUCAAUGGACACAAUUAAAACCUAUGGGUCAAAUUCCGACACCUCGAUCAGCUGCUCCAAUUGUUGUUUCUCAAGAUGGAUCAACAUUAUUCAUUGUUGGUGGUUAUAGUAAAGAAACAGAUGAUAAAGGCAUUACACAUACUGAUCUAUAUUCUUUAACUCAAGACGAAUCAUCAUGGCAAUGUCGUCAAGUUAAAGUAGGUGGUACAAAACCUGAUUUACGUUGUGGAAGUAGUCUUCAAUGUUAUUUAAAUACAUGUAUACUAUUUGGUGGUGUCACUGAUAACGAAGUUGAUGGUACUGGUACUACAGCUAGUGCUUUUCUUAAAACGAAAAAAUCUGAAGUGACAAGAAUGCGUUCUGUUUUCUAUAAUGAUCUUCAUCGAUUAGAUUUACAUAAAUUAAAAUGGUAUCCAAUUGAACUUAAAUCUGAUAAAACAGCAGCAGCAUCAGCAGAAAAUGGACCACCAGCAAGAAUGAAUGCUGCAAUGGUUAUUAAACAAGGAGUAUUAUAUGUUUAUGGUGGUUUAAAAGAACUCGAUGAGAAAAAACAGUAUACAUUAGGUGAUUUUUAUAGUUUGAAUUUAAGUAAACUUGAUACAUGGGUAUCUCAUAAUGUUGAUACACAACAGAAUGAAGUUCAUAUUUAUUCUGAAUCAUCUGAUGACGAUGAUGAUGAAGAUGAUGUGAAUAUGGAUAAUGAUGACGAUGAUUCUUCAUCAUCAUCAUCUGAUGAUUCCGAUGAUGAAUCUAUUGAAAUUGAAGCACCUGAUUCAAUACCUAAUGAAACACAUGAUGAUUAUUAUAAUCGUACACGUGAAUUUUGGCACAUUGAAGCGCGAAAAGAAUUAAAGAUUUCCGAUACAACAGAUGAGUCCGUACGAGUUCAACAUUUAGGUAAACAAAUGUCAAAACUUUUCUUUCAAACUUAA